CAGCCACAUAAAUCAAAGUCCUUCACUCACACACCGCGUGAUGAACGGGAUACCUCCCCAUAUUAAUGUGUCUAUUAAAGCACCAGCGCGUCUCUAUAAGAGCUGAGGAACAUCAUCGAGUCGGACUGUAGAGGACAACACACUCCUAUGAUGAAAACACUGCUGCUCGUGUGUGUGUUUCUGCUGCCUCUGCAAACACUCGCGCUGCCGAUGCGCAACAGAUUGAAUUUUCCAAGUAAGCCUGGGAAGCUUCCAGAAUCAGGAGGUGGUAUCGCCAAGGAAACCAUCACUAUUCCUUCAAUAGCUUCAAAUGCCGGGCCAAGAGAGCGCCGUUCGGUCUGGAGGGCCCUCCUGCAUAAAGGACCUCCGUCGAGACAGACCAACACAGCGGCCAAUCAAAACAGCGGCGCUCAGGGACAUUUCCGGGAGCGUCGGCAUGUCGUCAGAGGGUCACGCAGUCGCCAGCAGGGUCAGCUGAUGCGUGUGGGAUGCGUUCUCGGCACUUGCCAGGUACAGAACCUCAGCCACCGUCUCUACCAGCUGAACAGCCAAAGCGGACGGCAAGAGUCGCCAAUCAAUCCCAGAAGUCCUCAUAGUUAUGGAUAAGACUAUGACUGACCACACACUAAAAACCUUUCCAAAAAUGUGACAACAGAAGCCAACAGACACCAGCGGCCAACAAACUGGAAUAAUUGGUUUACGGGGGUCCUGUCCUGUCAUGAGAUUUCAAAUACUCUUGAGCUCUUGAAAUAAAACAGUUCAAUGUACUAUGAGGUUUCAGAACUCCCAAAAAGAAAGCAUGUAUUGAAACUGAGCCGCAAAAAUGACUCGUUCGAAACUUCUGAAACUCUCAUGUCAUCGAUGAAAACAUUAACAUACAGUAUGAACAGCCAAUAUUUACAUGCAAACGUCUAUGUAAUGUUCAGAAACUUGGCGUGGCCAUUCAUAAGGAGUAAUAAGGGGAUAUAAGAAACUACAUCACUACUACUAAAAACCAGAAGAACUAACGAUAAAUGUAAAAUGAGGGAAAGUUUGACAAAAGCUGUCCAUGCUCUGCAAA